GGUUGUUGUACAUUUUAUGUACACAAGGAAUAUCCGGACUUUUUUUUAGAGGAAAUCUAAAUUUCAAUUUUUAACAACAGAGAUUUCAGCUGAAGCAAUGAUCUUGACAGUAUUUCAUAUAUGCCUAGCUAUAGCUGUUUGCCUUGAUCAAAUUUGGCCAGUCACGGCAGUUGACUUUGAGGUAUCCAACUUCCUGUAUGUGUUGACGGGAAAGUACACUUCUACUGUUUCCCGCAGAGACGGGAAGUUUAAGCUGACCGAUUACGAAGCCUUGGUCAGACCAGUCGAGGCGGGGAAUAUUGAACACCUGGGAAUACCACUUUAUUUUGAGGAGAUCCAAAACAGAAAAGUAAUUCGCAGAAGUCUUUUGGCAGUAACCGCUGAAUAUACCGGUUUGAUUGUUCGCACCUACAAUUUUACUCGCAAGCUUUUUUUUGGCCUCGCUGGUCCGCCUGCUACGUUCUUCGAAGAACUGACUCUCGAUGACAUCACUGGACUCGAACACUGCGCCAUCAGGCUUACGUCCAUAGACAUUCAAUCUACGGUUUUUAGCGGUACCUACCCACUGUGCCACGUGAAUCUUUGGAGUCCACCUAUAUACAAGAUGACAUGGAACUGUAGUGCAAUCGAAUGGAUAGUUCAGGACAUUUCACGAGGAAAUACUAGGACAGAUCCGAAAGCUGCUCGAAUUUACACUUACAAAAACUAUGAAAAGUAUGAGUCCCCAGAAAAUUAUAACAGGUUUCAAAAUGAUAAAAACCCGUGCCACCAAAGAGGGGACUUCACCAACAGAUGGUAACACAUACAGUGAUGAAACCCCUGCAUCUCUGACAGACAUACAGACAUACAGACUGACAGACAUACACACUGACAGACAUACAGACUGACGGACAUACAGACUGACAGACAUACAGACUGACACACAUACAGGCCGACAGACAUACACACUGACAGACAUACAGACUGACGGACAUACAAUCUGACAGACAUACAUAUACAUACAUACAGACCGAAACACAUACAGACAUACAUACAUAUAGACAGACCUACUGACCGACAAACAUAACGACUGACAUAAAUACAGACAUACAAACAUACAGACAUACAGACUGACAGACUGACAGACUGACAGACUGACAGACUGACAGACAUACAGACUGGCUAACCUACAGACAGGCAGACAUACAUAUACAUACAUACAGACCGAAAGACAUACAUACAUACAUACAUACAUACAGACAGACCUACUGACCGACAAACAUAACGACUUACAUAAAUACAAACAGACAGACAUACUGGCCGACAGACAUUCAGACAGUCUGUCAUUUAGGUCGACAUAUAUACAGACCAGCAUACACACAGAAAGACAGACGUACCGAAAUACAUACAAACCAACAGACUUAAAAACCGACAGAUUUACAGACCGACAUACAUACACUUAAUAAAAUGAUGUUGAAAGAAC